AUAAGAAUUAGAUUGAGCUGUAAGUGAGCAUUGAUUCAAGGACUUUGUGUCGAAGUAGCAACUUAGCGAAUUGCUGUCUUCUGUCUUAGCUCUUUCAGCUUCAGGUCAAUCCUCAUCUUCUUCAACUCCCCAAGUAUGGCUUUGAGAGGUGUGUGGCAGCUCAAAAAACUGAUUGUGAGCUAUUCUGAUUGGGGAGGAAGCAGUAGGGGAAUCAGGUCAUUCAUGGAGUCACAUCUACCUGCCUUUAAGGAGAAGAAUCCUCAGCUUGAGGUGGUUAUUGAACACAUCCGUGGUCAGCAUCCUCAUUUGAAGGGCUUAUACAAUAACCAAAAUGAAAGGGUUGUAUGUGUGAAGAAUAUGGAUCCAGAAGAAGUUCUUCAAUGUGCCACCAGGCUAAGGAAUUCACUCGGGAGAAAAGUGGUGAAACUGAGGACUAGACAUGUUACCAAACAUCCAAGCGUGCAAGGUACCUGGACAACCGACAUCAAAUUUUGAGCAGGAUAUAAUUUUGCAAGAAGUUUCUUCUGGUGUGUUUCAAAGCAGUUUCAUGCUAAAUUCAGAAUCACAGCACGUGGUUAAAUACUCUUGUUUGACACGGUAAUGAUGAUAUGUUUGAUCAAAUAAUUUCCCUGGUUCAAAUUUUACUCACUACCCUGUAGUUCUAUUAAAAGAAAAGGUUUAAGUAACUUUGUUUCAUUGUA